GCAACGUGGAUAGCUGGAUAGUGGAUACAAUGUUGUUGUCAGAACUGAGAGUAACAAGUGUUUACAAUGAGCUCCAGAAAUAAAGGUUCUAGGGUAGAACGGGAGACAUCAUCAUCAUGUGUGUUUUUUACAUUUGUGUUGUGUAUAGCAGUACUGUGGAGUUUACGCCGCUGGUGGAACAACACGCCUCAUUUCCAUUCUACUGCUGUCAGUCGAAGGAGAAAAUUUACCCGGGAUCCAGCAGAUGGAAGGCGCCCACCACCUCUUCCCGUUGCAAUAAGGGAUCGAUUGCAGAAGGGAGGAAAAUCGGAUUAUUUCCUUGUGAUGCCAGGUAGCAGGCGAAAUGUAACAAGACCGUCUUCUGGGCGACCGCCAGCUCUGCCGUUAGGCCUUCCGUCCUGCGAUGACGUGCAGAAAUCUAGGGAUGUUGAUUCUGACAGCGAAUCAGGGAAAAAGGAGACAAAAGUGCAGUCACAUGAUAACUUGUAUAGGGGAGCAAUUGGAAGCAUACGACUCUAUCUCAUUGAGCAACCACUUCACUUCUGCAUGGAUGGACUUUCAUUCAGAGCAAGACAGAAUGGAUCUCCAGGACAAUACGGAGAAAAUACUUCAUCGAGGUUAAUAGUUCCAAAACACAUUCCAGUUCCAAGCAUACCUCAAGAUGGAAGUAUGAUAUUUGAAAUGCUGAUGUUUAUUUUCACGGUGGCCUCAUCAUUUUUACAGUUCCUCCACUUGUAUCGAACAGUUUGGUGGCUGCCACAAUCACAUACGAAGUAUACUAUGAACUUCUAUCUUAUUGAUCCAUACCUGGUAGGAUUUAUUGUUACCAUUUUGGGUCGACGCCUUGUAUAUUGUGCCUUAACUCAUUUUGUGAUAACUUGGUGCCCAGCACAGCUGUGGCCCUUAGUGCAACAGCUUCUCAGGUUAAUUCUGUUAUGCCUGGUGAUGUCUUCCCUGGUUUGGUCUGCAUACCACAUUUUGCAAAAUCAUCCAAUAGUAAAUAUUUUCUAUUUAUGCUAUCCGAUUUCUGUUUAUUUUAUCCUGUUUGGGCUCAGCAUAAGCCCAUUUUUUGAUGUUACCUCAUUAUCCGCGGUAUCAAAAGAGGAAUGCAAAGGACGUCCAAUUGUAGGGAAGCCAAUGCAUAGUUGUUCAAUGUCACCAUACAUCAUAAGGGAUGAAAUAGAAGCACUGAAGACUGAUUUUAAUAAUAGAAUGAAACAAGUGCUGUUUAGCUCUGUACUUAAUGCCUAUUAUGCAGGAUUUGUGCCUUGUUGCUUUGCCCAGAGUUUCCUUUAUUACGAUGUCUACUGGGCAACACAGCAUCUAGCAUUUGUUUGGCUUGGGUGCUUUAUGAUGUAUAUUGUACACUGCUAUCCAGUGAGAUACUGUGAUAUUCUGCAUCGUGCAGCCUUGCACCUGGGAUGCUGGUCGAGGAUUGAAGGGAGAUCUACUCAUGUACCAACACACGUAUGGGCCGAGUCAACAGUGUGGCAUCAUGGGGCAUUGGUGAAACAUUGCAAAGAAAUCUACAGAGCUGAUGGAAUAUCAAAUGCAGCGGAACCAGGAAACCAGACACAUGCAAGGUUCUAUGCCAUAUUCAACAACCCAUCUGUUCUUCUAUGCAUCCUGUUGGGACUUCAGCUACUCCUUAUUGCAAUACAACUUAUGGUGUUAAUUAGGUGUUCAGAAUGGUACCAAGUUAUGUCACUUGCACUUUUGUUAUUUGCAAAUUACUAUUCUCUUUUUAAACUGGCAAGAGACUAUUUUGUAUGUUGGAAAGUUUACAAGGCUGAACAAAUGAUACAGGAUAAAUUAGGAAGUUGACGUUUGUCAACAGAAUCAUCUCAUAAUGAUCUCAUGCUUCCUUUAGAAAAUUGUAUUUCUAUCACCUUUUACAUUGUGAGGUGUUUAACAACAGACAACACUAUUUUUAUAAAAAAUAUAUUAUUCCUAUGGAAUAAGAAAAUUA